AUGCGCUCAUUCACAUCUUUUCCUCGGGGCUUCCGUGCCAUCCAGAGCUCUCUUCCCCGAACGGCCAUCUCGCGCCCUACAUCUAGACCUUUCUCACAACUGAUCAACCGCUCCACCCGAUCAUCUCCCGCACUUUCCUGGGCGUCGGGCAGAACCUCCGUAUCAGCCUCUACACUCCGUCACAACUCUAGCUCCGCAAGGCCUCUCACGGAUCAGGCCGCGGACGCGGCCAGAGAUGCGGAGAACGAAGAACAGAACAGAAAACGCCGGGAACAAGAACCAGCCUACCAAAUCACCUUCACAUGCAAGCCGUGCGGAGAGCGCUCGUCUCACCGUAUGUCCAAGCAGGGUUAUCACCGCGGGACGGUCGUGAUCCGCUGUCCGUCCUGUAAGAAUCGUCACAUCAUCAGCGAUCACCUCAAUAUCUUCUACGACAAGAAGACGACAUUGGAGGAUAUCUUGGCCGAGCAGGGUAAUAAGCUGAAGCGGGGAUAUGUGGAAGGAGAUAUGGAGUUCUGGGAUGAUGGAUCAGUGACCCCGAAGGAGGGCGAGGAGGCGAAGUCCGAUCAGGGACAGUUGCCUUAA